UAAGACUGCCUCUGUCCCUCCUCUCACAUGCCAUUGGUUAGCCAGCAGACAGUGUGCUCAGAGGCAUUGCCAGCUCAUUGCUCUUACAGCCUGUGAGAGAGGAAGAGAGAAACAUUUGCCAGCCAGGCCAGUGACAGAAAUGGAUUCGAAAUAUCAGUGUGUGAAGCUGAAUGAUGGUCACUUCAUGCCUGUCCUGGGAUUUGGCACCUAUGCGCCUCCAGAGGUUCCUAAAAGUAAAGCUUUAGAGGCCACCAAAUUGGCAAUAGAAGCCGGCUUCCGCCAUAUUGAUUCUGCUCAUUUAUACAAUAAUGAGGAGCAGGUUGGACUGGCCAUCCGAAGCAAGAUUGCAGAUGGCAGUGUGAAGAGAGAAGACAUAUUCUACACUUCAAAGCUUUGGUGCAAUUCCCAUCGACCAGAGUUGGUCCGACCAGCCUUGGAAAGGUCACUGAAAAAUCUUCAAUUGGAUUAUGUUGACCUCUAUCUUAUACAUUUUCCAGUGUCUGUAAAGCCAGGUGAGGAGGUGAUCCCAAAAGAUGAAAAUGGAAAAGUACUGUUUGACACAGUGGAUCUCUGUGCCACGUGGGAGGCCAUGGAGAAGUGUAAAGAUGCAGGAUUGGCCAAAUCCAUCGGGGUGUCCAACUUCAAUCGCAGGCAGCUGGAGAUGAUCCUCAACAAGCCAGGGCUCAAGUACAAGCCUGUCUGCAACCAGGUGGAAUGUCAUCCUUACUUCAACCAGAGAAAACUGCUGGAUUUCUGCAAGUUAAAAGACAUUGUUCUGGUUGCCUAUAGUGCUCUGGGAUCCCAUCGAGAAGAAAAAUGGGUGGACCCGAACUCCCCGGUUCUCUUGGAGGACCCAGUCCUUUGUGCCUUGGCAAAAAAGCACAAGCGAACCCCAGCCCUGAUUGCCCUGCGCUACCAGCUGCAGCGUGGGGUUGUGGUCCUGGCCAAGAGCUACAAUGAGCAGCGGAUCAGAGAGAACAUGCAGGUGUUUGAAUUCCAGUUGACUCCAGAGGACAUGAAAACCAUAGAUGGCCUAAACAAAAAUGUGCGAUAUUUGACCCUUGAUAUUUUUGCUGGCCCCCCUAAUUAUCCAUUUUCUGAUGAAUAUUAACAUGGAGGGCAUUGCAUGAGGUCUACCAGAAGGCCCCGCAUGUGGAUGGUGAAACGGGAUGUCUCUAUGCUGGUGACUGGACACAUUGCCUCUGGUUAAAUCUCUCCUGCUUGGCAACUUCAGCAAGCUACAGCUAAGCCCAUUGGCCAGAAAGGAAAGACAAUAAUUUUGUUUUUUCAUUUUGAAAAAAUUAAAUGCUCUCUCCUAAAGAUUCUUCACCUA